AUGGCAACACCUGGUGACGUGCAGGUGCAACUUUACGGGCAGGCGACACGGAAUGCCCAAGUAGAGGAUUCUCCGCAAGAUGGACUCGUGGGAGUACUUGCGCAGAUGCAGCCGGUCGCACCUGAGUUCAUUCGCUCGGUAAAGCUGGGGGACGUGCUAGGAGGCUUUGGCUACAUCUUCCGACAUCCAAGUUCAGAGCAAGAUUAUUUUUUUAUGAGUCGCGAGUGCAGCAAGAUCCACACAUUCCUGAGCCACAGCUGGCGCAUGAAAGCUUGGAGAAAGGUCAUACUUCUUCUCUUGACUUACAAUGGUCCUGUGGCCUUGGCCGUCAGCAUAGUGGCGGCAUUCCUGACCGGGCUCCUCUUUGUGCACGGAGAUCUCCCAGCAUUUCCAAAGACGGCCCUGGCCACUGGCAAGGAGUACCUCUUCGGGGCCUGGUGCUCCGGUGCUGGUAUCGUCACAUUCUUGCUGGUGCUGCUGUUUCGUCGCCCCAAAACCUCGAUGUUUGUGGACGUUGCAUGCGUCCACCAGAAGGAUUGGCAGAUGAGUUUAGGAGAUAAGGGUUUAGGGGAGACUAGGGGAGUUUACAUCUUGUCUAAAGUAAUUUGUAUCAACCAGAAGGACUCGCGGAUGAAAGGCAAGGGGAUUUUGAGCCUUGGAGCUUGUUUGAAGAACUCUGACCACCUCCUGAUCCUAUGGGACUCUGUGUGGGCGUGUUGGUUUCUUGUCUCUCUUCUGCGCGCCUUCUAUGAAGGCCAACAGCGUUGGGUGGCUGUCCGCGGCCACUUUGCCAGCUCUUGCGUUGCCCCCACACGGGGAUUGCUCCAAGGCUGCCCUGCUAGUGUUGGGCUGUUAAACGGCUUAAUGUUGCUUUGGGUUCGGAGCAUCCGUGCUACCUCUCCCACUGUCAGCAUGUCCGUCUUUCUUGACGACCGUGCCCUUUGGUCUACCGGCCGGGGUGCGCCCGAUCAUCUUUGUACUGCCUUGCAAACUGCUGCCACUGUGGACCAAGCUUUGGCUCUGCAAGUUCACCCCGACAAGCUCGCUUGUUGGGCCACCCGUGCUCCCGCUCGCCGUGUGCUUGCUGCCCGGCCGGCCCUGUGUGGCCCUGUCGUUUCUGGCUUUAAGCUUCUGGGCAUUCACUACCGCCUUUGCGCCCACACUGGUGCUGUUGACUCUGCCCGUCUCAACCCGGUCAUCACAAACCGUGCUCGCCGCAUUGCCAUUGCGGCUCGCCACUUGCAUCAACGCAGGCGCCUGCUGAUGGCCUUGGUGAUAAGUUUGGUUUCUUGGCUUGGCCCCUGGACUAGCGUACCUCACCUUACUGCUCAAGGGUGGGCUAGGGCUGUGGAGACUGCUGUUGGCCGUGUUGUCUCUGCCCGGUCUCGCUUUUUGCUUUGGGCGGUGUGGGCAAGGCCGCGCCUGCAUCCCAAGUUUGCUCUUGCUUUCGCUGCCGUCCGCCAUGAGUUGCGGCGCAGCGGUGGCGCGCAACCGCCUCCGGCUCGCUCUCGCGCGUGCCCUGCUUUGGCUGCUGCCUUGUCCACUUUUGCUUGGACCAUCCGGCCGGAUGGUGUGUGGUGCACGCCUUUUGGUCAGUUUAGGCCUGGGUUUCUUUCGGUUGGGGUUGCUAGGCUUCUAGCGGAAGAUUCCUGGCUUCGUGAGCUGUGGGCGGCCGACCCUAAAUCAGGUGGCCCGUUGCAGGCCACCUCGCAUUUUGCUUUGCGUUACCACCGUGCCCAAGCGCCGCACCAUGCCACUGGUGGUGCGAUGCGCCGUGUCUUGCACGCUGCCGCUCAUGAUACUCGCACCUUGGAACGCAUGCGCAUUCCCUUCACGCCUUGCGUGUGCGGUGACCCGCUCCCCACGCGCACGCAUGUCACCUUCGACUGCCCGGCUAUGCCUUCCCCUCUGGCUCAUCGCUCCUCUGCAGAGCACCGUUUCUUGGUUCCCCUGCUUUCCGGGCUGAGUGCCCCUGAGUGGCAGCUCCCGGAUGUCCCUGAGGACUUGUUGCUUGCACUCUCGGACGCCGAGACGAUUGACUCUGCACUGCUGGUUGCCACCGAUGGCAGCGCUUGUGGUUCCAGCACGCAGGCUGGGGCAUUGCUUGUGCACCUGGUGUAG